GAUACCAUGCCGCUGUUUGCAGAGGCAUCAGCACCACCGCCGACGGGAGAAGAAGAGCUUUUUCCUCACGACGGUUAUGGUUGCGAUGCUGCCGACGACAACGACGCUUUAUCUGGCGUCGUUUUGUUGAACGAGGAGGGAUUCCCAUUAGAACUCGCGGGCGAAGAUGAUGCGCAGAACGGAGCUGAAAGAUCUGAUAAUACGCCGGGGAAAAGCGAAUUCGCCGAAGAUUUUUAUCUCUGUGGAACCGAUUGGUCUUGCUUGUUGCCGGAAGAUUGUAAUGGCAGCGUGGACCUUAAGAGAAAGGAUGUCGCUCACGACUCUACAAUACCUUCGGGAAAGAAGCUGAAGCAGGCCAGUCUAUUUCAGAUUUGGGGCUUCAAGAAAAACAGCGAUGAAGAUUCUUUUUCUGUCUCCUCAGUUGAUCAUAAACAGGAUCAAUGGGGUAAUUUUGAUGGUGGAGAUGAGAGUGGUAUCCUUUCGGGUAAGAAGAAUGUGAAGGCUGAAAUUUGGGGAUCAAUUUCUCGUGAUGUUCCGACGCAUUCCGCAAAAUCAAAACCUUUUCGUAAGAGAAUGAACACCCGCGAUGUUAGUCGGCGGUCUCCUGCCUGCCCCUUCUAUAAGAAAAUCCCAGGAACAACAUUCUCUGUGGAUGCAUUUCGUUAUGGGUGCAUCGAGGGAUGCUCAGCUUACUUCCUUAGUCACUUUCACAGUGAUCACUAUGGUGGCCUUAGCAAGAAAUGGUCACACGGUCCUAUCUACUGUACUCCUCUCACUGCUCGCCUGAUUCAAAUGUGUCUCUCAGUAAAUCCUUUGUAUAUCUGCCCUUUGGAAUUGAACACUAAACAUGUAAUUGAAGGCGUUACAGUGACUUUGCUAGAAGCUAACCAUUGUCCUGGUGCAGCUUUAAUUCACCUCUAUCUCCCAAAUGGACAAUGCUAUUUGCACACUGGGGACUUCAGAGCUUCAAAACAAAUGCAAGAUUACCCUCUUCUCGCAAAUCUACAUGUUAAUGUACUUUAUUUGGAUACGACGUAUUGCAAUCCAAAGUAUAAAUUCCCUCCUCAGGAAACUGUGCUAAACUAUGUAGUUAAGAUCACAAAGAAUCAACUCAAGAACCAGCCAAGAACUUUAGUAGUUGUUGGGGCAUACAGUAUUGGCAAAGAAUGUGUUUAUCGUGCAAUUUCCAAGGCGCUCAAGGCAAAAAUUUAUGCAAAUGCUUCGAGGAGACGAAUUUUGCAAGCUUAUGGUUGGUCUGAGCUUUCAGAUAGCCUUUGUGCGAAUGGAAAGAACACGUUUCUUCAUGUUCUGCCCAUGGCAUCUCUGAGAUUUGAGAGAUUGAAGGAUUACUUGAAGACCUACGAAAACCAAUUUACAGCAGUAUUGGCAUUUCGUCCAACAGGCUGGACUUUCAGUGAGAAGAUAGGCAACCAUCUGGAACAAAUUAAACCCAUUUCCAAGGGCAACGUCACGAUAUAUGGGGUUCCCUAUAGUGAGCACUCCAGCUUCACGGAGUUGUGGGAGUUUGUUCAGUAUUUGAAGCCUGACAAGAUAAUCCCUACCGUGAAUGUCUGGAAUCAGGCCAACCGCGAGAAGAUGCAAUCCUACUUUCGAGACUGGUUGAGAGGCUAAUGCUUAUGCUUAUGCAGUUCUUUGAUAAACUGAGUUCGUAAUCCGGGAUUCCCAUUGCCCCAUUCAUAUGGGAAAUCCGAUAUUUUCUGCCGCUUGCACUGUGCGGGCUGCGGGACAUGAUUUGUCAACUCUUGCUGCACUUUAAUGGCUUGAGUGCUAAAGCAUGACUGUUUCGGUUGAUUGCGCUGCCGCAUCAAAUGGCUACAAUGCUUCCAGCCGACCACUUUUUCUGCAUGCUUCAUGCUUCAUGUAACAUCCAAUUUUUUUUCUUAGAUUAUAAGUAACAUUAGCAGAGGAUUUUAUUAAAUAAUUUGAGGUUAUCAAAUGUAUUGUUCAAGGUUUAGAAAGAUGUAGAAUUGAGGAACAAAUGAAAUAUGAUUGAAAAUUAGAGGGAAAAAUUCAAAUCAAGAUAAAAUGAA